AUGCAGCCACCGCCUCUGGGUGUAAUCCAUUCUUGGCCAGCUCCAAACUAUGUUAACCCCAAAACGAGGGGCAGUGCUAGUGUUAUCCUCAAUAUCGUUCUCUCCGCACUGUUGCUAUUUUUCAUUGGCUUUCGAAUCUUCACUCGAACCUCUCUGAGAAGCUCUUUUGGGGCCAAUGAUAUACCGGCAUCAUCCUUAUUAGUCAUAAGCGUUCUUGCGGACGUUAAAUUCCUUCAGGUACGCCCUGUGUAUGACAUACCCGUUAGCCGUGUUGUCACCGGUCUCAAAAUGGUAUUGGCUACGGAGGUCGUCUUUGCCGCGGCUUGCAUACGCUCUCGAGGCUAUCCAUGCUUGUGUUGGUGCGGAGAAUGCUAUCAAGUGCCACCCUGUUUUGGCGCAGAAUCACAUGCCUAGCCAUCAGCAUUUGUGCCAGAAGGGCAUCAUACUGGGCGCUCGUACCUGCGUUACCGUGCUUACCACCGCAAGACUAUUGGAAAAUUACGAAGGUUCCAGAUUCCAAUUACAUUAACCAGACUUGGUCUCUUUUCGUUAUAGGAGUCACCAAUACUCUGACUGACUUGAUUGUUGUCCUUCUCCCGAUCCGAAUCGUUUGGACUUUGCAACUACCAGCUAGACAGGUAAUCAUUGUCAUUCUUCUAUUCAGCCUUGGUUUUAUGUCUUGCAUCGCUGGGGUAAUCCGGACGUAUUUCAUGUCUAGGGCCAUUAAGCAGUAUGAUCAGACAUGGAAUUCGUUUUCAGUCUGGAUUACAAGUGCCGUAGAAUUAUACAUUGGAAGGGUGUGUUCUAACCAUGAAUGGUAGACCUUUCCUCCUUUCUUCCUAUUUGCAAAAUAACUAACCAAACCGGAUUUGUGCCUCGAUCCUGGCGACUAAGCCGUUCUUCACAAGCUAUCUUCCCCAAAUUUUCAGCCCAUUGGCUACUGUGCGCUCUCAUAUAUUCCAAGGUUCUCGACAGCGAACACAACAGCGCUCAACUCAUACUGUCGUUAUUUCUACCAAUCACUAUGGCCAGGAGAUGCUUACGUUUGAUCUUAAAGCGCUUGGGGCUGGGAGAUCAGGCGCAACAUCAAUGGUAAGCAGGGCCGGUAGCAGAGGGGAUAGCGAUGAGGAUUGGAUUCGUAUAACC